AUGGACCUUCAGCUAAGCCAAUGGGUAAGCCAGUUUAUGGCCUCAGAAAAUGAUCCACCUUGCGAAGAAAUUGCAAAGGCCGUCAUAGAAAAGCGAAUAAGUCUUUUGCAAUUAAUAAAAACCCUUGGAUCACAUCUCACUGACGAAACACCCCAUAUAAGAAGUACGGCUGUUGGAUGUUUGAGCAAUACCUUGGCCAAGAUUGAGCGACUGAACCGGGCUGAUAUAGAGGUUAUUGCUAAGUUUUAUAUUGGGAAAUUGGACGACAAUGAUGUGAUGAGUAACACAUUGGUUGGUCUUAGGGCUUUGACAUCUUUGAAGAAUUUCAAUCCUGCUCUGUUAGAAUCCGUGCUAACUUCAGUGCAAGAGAAAUAUGAACCGGCAAGCUUUUUGGCUGCUACAAGAUACCAGUCCUUUCUACUUUUGGAAACAAUAUAUCAGAAGCAUUUGGAUUUCAUCCUGGCCAACCUCAACGAUCUUUUUGUUAAGGUGUUCAUUCACAUUUCUACCAAUGAAAAGGAUCCUAGAAACCUACUAAUCUCUUUCAGUUUGAACAAGCAGAUAUCCUCAACAUUACAGGUGGAAAAUUUCGCCGAGGAUUUGUUUGAUAAUGCAUUUUGUUACUUCCCAGUCUCAUUUAAACCCCCUCCAAAUAGUCCCUAUAGCAUCGCCAGUCAUGACUUGAAAACAGGCCUCAGACAGGUCUUUGCAGCCACACCGUUGUUUGCAAAGGAUUUGUUUCCCAAUAUCUUGGAGAAAUUAACCUCAACGUCUCCAGCAGUGAAGUUGGAUGUUCUUCAAACUUUGAAUCUGUGUCUGGAUACGUACGACAAUGACACCAUUCAAGAGUACUGGCUUACUUUGUACAAUGCCCUCAAGUUUGAGGUUUUGUACAAUGAUUUAGCAAAUAUUGUUGAGUUGGCCGAUAUAGAGAAAUUGAGCACUGAAGAUGACUUGGUGUUCAAAGAAGUCAUUGCCCUAUUCAAAAAUCUCCCUAAAAAAUUCACAGAUGAGCAAAUCAUCAAAAACCUUCAGAUCAUGCUGGAAGAGCUUAAGGAAUAUCUCCACAUUUCUCACAAAUACUUCAAACAAACAGUUUUACUCCUCUCAGUCAUGGCUACGUCUAAACUUUCCGUGUAUAACCACAUUGUUGGCGAAGUGCUACCUGUUUUGCUAACGGAUGAGCCGUCUACCGUUGUAGACGAAAAGAAUUUGGCCACAGCCUUAAACUUUUUUAUUAAUCCAGAUUACCCAGAGUCAAAGCUUUCCCAGUACAAGGAUGACAUCUUGGUAGUAUUAUCAAAAGGUUUAAUGUCUUCAUCUAACGUGGAAACAACACUGAAAUGCAUCUGCAUCCGUUCACUAGUUAAUUUGUCAUUCAUUUUGGAUACACAGGAAGUUGCGUCAGUUAUUUCUAAUUUGUCGGAGCUACUUCUUUCAACUAUGAAAAAUGAGAAGGAUCCAAUUUUCCAAGAGACUCUGAAUGCAUUUACAAAUAUCUCUGCUACAAUGCCGAAUGUUGUUUUAGAGACAACUCUUCCAUUAUUAUUAUCUAAACUUCCAAACGAAUCAUCUUCUGAGAUUGAUUUGGAACUAGUUCGAAACGUCUUGAACGUUGUAGUGAACAUUUCCCAUAGCAAACUAUUAUUGGACUCGAUAAUCGUGAGACUAUUGAGCGUAUAUGAAAGACUGUUGAAUGGGAGGGUUGUUACCAUGGAUUACUAUUAUUUUUUGUUGAACUCCAUUUACUUAUUACUUUCCAAUUAUCCAGAGCUGCUGUCAAAAGACUACGCAGACCGAGUCAUUCCUCAGAUAACUUCUUUGACUAUAGUCAACUACCGGCUCUCCAAAGAGUCUCCUGUUUAUUUAAAUGAAAGGAUAUUAGAUCAAUGUGGGAAGAUAAUCAGACUAAUUAUUUGUAAACUUGAACUGAUACAUCAUCAGAAAAUCCUUGAUGAUGCAGUUGAUACAUUUUUGCUAGGAUCGGAUUCUCCCCUGUUUUCAACAAGUUUAGGAUUAGAAAUUUCCCUAGUUUCUAAGCCCCCUACAUUGGUGAGUUUAUUCAACAAAUUUUUAAGUGCAGUAUCUAAGGACUGUCCUCUCAAGAUUGAGCCUUUGGAUGUGUUAAGUUCAUUAGUUGAGAUCACAAGAGAUUCGAAACACUUCGAAUCGCUUUUCGAGAGAAUGGGUUUCCUUGAGCUUAUCUGCCUUUUGGCUAACAAAUACAUUUCCGAUUCGGAUUUGGAGAAAAUUUUGAAUGAGUUAUCGGAAACGAUAGACCUUCAAUCUUCUGAUAGUUUGGGAACAUUGGAAGUUAUGGCAUGGAUUACAAAGUCCUUAGUUCUAUCAAACAGUCCAUUGGCAAUGAAGUAUCAAGAAUACUUCUUUUCACUCCUUGAAAUCCCAUCAGUUGCAUCGGUUUCGCCGAAGUUGUUGGAGGUUCUAAUCGCAGAAGUCAGUGAAUUGGAAGUGAAUAAACGUGACAAAAAAAUCAUAAAUCUCAAUGUUCGUUUACUGUACAAACAAAAGUUCUACAACAUCAUGCUUCCGAAAAUCAUUGAAGGUUAUAGGAAUUGUGAGCAGGCAUCAAAAGAAACAUAUCUACUUUUAUUAUCGUUGAUCUUGAACCAUGUUCAUCAAAGAGAAAUCAUUCUAUCUCACCUGGAGAAUAUCUUACCACUGAUUCUUCAAAUUAUUCAAAGUGACAAUGCUAAAUCCAGAAAUUCAGGCCUGGAGAUAUUAAAUCUAACUAUUGAAUCCAACUGUAUGCUUAUAAAGCCUCAUCUACAUUCAAUUAUUUCAAGAUUGUUGGCUAUCACCAAGGACAACAGUGACCUGAACGGCCAAAUCAAUGCGUUACUAUGCUUGAAGGAGAUUGGUAUUAGUAAGAUUCCUCUCAGUCAAUUACAACCUUUCCGAACCACUAUCAUCAACCAAACAGUUGCAGUCUUGAGUCACAAAAAGAGAAAAGUUAGGAAAUUAGCCGCAGAUGUAAGGCAGAUCUAUUAUGAAUUGGAACAGAGCUAA